CCCGCACAAACUUAAAUAUUCCCUCUUCGCAACUAUCUUCUUACAUCCAUUGAGUUCCUCAGUAUGGCUGAACCAACCAAAUCCAAUAAGCGCAACAUCGAGCAGCACCCAGAUGAGCCAAACAAACGGCAAAAGAUAAGCUCAUGGUAAUCCGUUCUUGAAAUAGGAUGCUGACGCCCAAUCCGCACAAUCAGCAAGACACCGAACUCUCUCCUUCUGAGGAUGACGGGGCCAUCAAUACAGCCUCCGACGGCGACAACGAUAAUUCCCUCUCAGAACUCUCCCUCACGAAAGCCACGUCAAACAGCAACCGCAGCGGCUUAACCCUUGGUAGUCGCCCCAAGAGCACCUUCAAGUUUGGAGGCGUCCAGAACCUUCCGCCAACCAUGCCGGGAUUCAAGCCUUUGUUACGCCGCGACAACGACGACGACAUUUCCGACGAUGAACCUUCGGACCGCAACGGGCCUUUGGACCUCGUCUCCGAUACAUCGAAGAGGAUGGUUGUAUCGAGUAUUCUGAACCCUGGCGCCUCGAAAGUCGCUGCAUCUGGGAGAUUGAACGAGCUCGGUCUAGAUGCGACUCAGGACCAUCGAGAGCAUUCCAAGAACCUCACGGCUGAGCAAGCCAUUAAGACUUAUCGCAGCUCUAGCUCGGUGACUGACCCUGUCGAAAACUCUGAAGGACCCGAAGACGAAGGUCACAAUGCUGAGAGCACCAUGGACGUCGACGUGCCUGUCCCUGGAAUAGCUAGUUGUCCUAACAGCCCCGACUCUGCGGUCGGCUUCAUGGAGAACACUGAAGUGCAUGGAGACGAAGGCUUCCCAGCUGUGGAGAGCUCCACAGGCGACAUUUCCGCUACUCAGACGGCUGACCCUCCUGUCAAUCCCGAUGUCGGCAUCAGCUCCAGUGUUGACGAUGAUACUACAUUCGACACUUCCAACGAUACCAUUUACACAGUCGGCAACGAUAUCGACACCAUCGAGACCGACAGCGAUGAUACCGACAGCAGCAAAACCACCACCCAACCCCACCCCAAAGACACCGCAUCUCCCCAGUCCCAACCCAACAGAUACAAUUUCCGAAGCCGGCACCAGCCAACCACGACCAACAACCCCACCACCAAAUCCACGACCAAAUAUCCCAUGAAACCCCCCAUGAAACCCCCCGCCAAACCGCCGCGCUUCUCCCCCUUCACCGCAACCCAAAGAAUCAUCUACGACACCAACUCAGCGCCGCUAAUCAUGCCCCCAGCGCAGAAAUACAAAGGCCACGGCAACCCCUCGCGCGUAAACGCCCCACCAGCGCCUCGGCCCUCACCACUCGUGCGCAGCACCAGCGGCACGGGCAUCGCACCCGCCUUCGCGCUCUACACGACGCCACCGACCUUCACGCCCUGGAGCCCAGCCACGUACGCCGCGCUCGCGACCGCGCUCUCCACGUCCUCUGCCACCGCCUGGGUGCCGGCCUUCGCGGCCGCGCACGGCAAGUCCGUCGACGAGGUGCGGUGCGUCUUCGACUGCGCCGUGCUGGCGCCGUUACAGAAUGCCGGAGCCAGCGGGGUUGCGUCCGCUUCUGGCAUUGGUGCUCUUGCGCACCAGAGCGUGCAACAGCGCGUUGAGGCAGGAAUUCGCGACCGCGCGGACGCGUGGCGCGCGUGCUGCACGCCGAGCCGUUUGUGGUGCCGGGGCGGGGAGAGAGAGGUCGAGGGCGUGAUGGUGGGCGUGAGCGCGUGGGGCGAGGUGUGUGUUGAGGUUGGUCGGGAGGGUGGAACAGAGAGGGAGAGGGUGAAGAUUGCGGUUGCGGCGUUGACGGGCGAGGACUGGAGGUACUUGUACGGUGCUUGUGGGGGCGAGGAUAUGGCGUGUUUGCUGAUGGGGAUGGGGAGGCCGGGAAUAGAUGACGGAGGUGAAGGGCAAGGGGGGAUGAAGGGGCAGAGGGGGGAGAUGGAGGAGUGACCGAGUGAGCCAGCGGAG